AUGGACCAAGACAUAACCUUUUCUGAAGACUCCCAUCCAAAUUACUUCAACUUGAUUUACAUCAGAAAAGUGCUUAUAGGCCUCUUAGUCCAAGUUUUAAUAUCAAGCUGCAUUGCGUUAUCAUUCUCCCUUAUCCACCCUCUCUAUGUCUUUGUGGAAAAACGAUUUUGGCUUGCUAUAGCUGUCAAAGUUGCCCUGGUGCUAACAGCAGUAGCAUUAUUUAGGGUAAAAGAAAUAGCCAAAAACUUAAUUUUACUAUCAAUAUUUGCUGGUCUCUUUACAAUUUUUUUUGGAUCAAUGUUUGGAGUGGUUUUGUCACUUUUAGAUCAGAAAUUUGUUGUCAUGAUUUUGUACUUUUUUGUUUCGAUUCAUGUAGUCUCUGUUUUGUAUUCUAUUUCUGAAAAGGAAGCUUUUAAUGUACGGAAUGGGAUUAUUUAUAUGUUUUAUAUAUCUUUGGUAAAUGUAAGUGUUUUUAUAGUUGUGGCAUCUUAUGAGAAAUUAUUUUUGUUUUUUGUCCCGAUAGCAGUUGGGCUAUCUCUAUAUAAUAUUUCAGCAUUAGUAUAAUUGAUGUAUAACUACCAUUUUUUGUUAGGAAAUAGUGAUUUUGCCCAGGUUUAAAUAUGCUGUUAAUCUUAUUCAAUAUAUAUGGAUUUUUCUUAAUCUUUCAUUUCAACAAUGUAAUUGAAGGUAAAUCAAGAAAAACCAAAAAUGACAGAUAUAUUUUAGUCGUUUUAAGCGUCUAUAUUGAACUUUUUUUACUUACUCCCCCCCCUCCGUGAGUGAACAAAACCAUUAGAAAAAUCCCUAUUUUUUGCCCAAAAAAUCACCCUCCAUGAGUGAACAAAAAUUGUUUUUAAUAGAAAAAUUUUUAUGGAAAAAAAUUUGAUAUAUAAAUGAUAAUUAGUAUAAUGAAAUCUAGAGCUAAUUCUUUUUAAUUUUAAACGAAUUGCUUUUUAAAACAUAAAUUUUGCAAAUUAAAUUAAUAUUUGCUUUCCAAUUUUGCGAAUUAGGAUUUUUUUAAAUUUCGAAAAAAAAAUAUUUUUUAUAAAAUUUAUAUAUAAUUUUUUUUUAAAAAAAAAAUUAACCCCCCUCCGUGAGUGAACAAAAUUUUUUUGUUCACUCACGGAGGGUGGGGGAGUUAAGUUUUAUAUUUUAGCAUGGCUUAAAAAUAAACACAAAAAAAGACUUACAAAAGAAAACUUAAUCAAAGGCCCUACAAGUGAAAUGAAAACUUUUAAGCCUUCACCAGUAUAA